AUGUCUUUGUAUAAUCAAUUGGUUUUCAUAAUCCUGAUAGUUGAAAUAGUGUCAUUCACUAUACUAUCACUACCACUGCCUUCAAAGUAUCGCAAACCUCUAACUUUAUUACUAAUUAAACCCUUCCAAAAUGAAAAAAUUCAAACUGCUAUAAAAUGUAUUAUUGCAUUCAUACUCAUAUUAUUCAUCGAUUCUAUUAAUAAAGUGUAUAGAAUUGAUAAUGAGUUAAAAUUUAAUAAACUAAAGGGUACAAAUGGAGGGGGUUUGGUGAAUAGUUCGGACAGAGUGGAAAUUUAUUCAAGAAAAUUCUUAGCUCAAAGAAACAUGUACUUAACCGGUAUAACAUUAUUCUUAACUUUCACCGUUGUAAGAACUUUUAAUUUAGUUACAGAAUUACUAAAAUUAAAGGAAUCUUACAGAAGUGAAAAGAAAACUGAUUCAAACAAAAUUUCUACAGAAAUUGAAGAAACCGACGAUGAAAUCAAUAGAUUGAAGGAAAAGGCUUUGCUUUUACAAAAGGAAAUGGAAUGA